UUUUUUUCGAUUUGCAAUUCCAGGAGCCCUGUUUCUGUUCGGCCAGACUAAAAGGACCGGCGAAGCCAACAUGUAUCCAAAGCCAGUGCAGGAUCUCACAGGCUGGAAUAUCCGCAGCGUGGGAACCAGCAACACGUCGAUUGUGAUCGCGGCCGACGACUCGCUCAUCGCCUGGGGCGUAUCGCCCACCUACGGCGAACUGGGUACCGGCGAGAUCAACAAGUCGACCGCGCGUCCCAAGGAGGUGUCUCGGAUGGACGGCCUAAACAUCACCCAGGUGGCCAUGGGCUAUUCGCACACGCUGCUCCUCAGCGACGACACCGCCGAUGAAGUCAAGGCCAAACUCGAGAACAUGCCCACCUUCAACCCUUAACCAGCUCCCUAAACAGCCUUCAUACGACCAUGCUGCUCGAAGUUAGAACUGACGGUUAGGACCAUUUAGUCACCACUUAGAUCAAUGUGAAUUUUCGCGAAUGAAAAAUCCGCCAGAUGGCAAUACGUAGACGCGAGGUCCAAAUGCUGCUUGGUUAUUUUUGACGU